UGGUCCUAUUCCUUGGUGGGGACAUGUGGUGGGCCUUGCAGGGCAGCAGGAUUGUCUAGGCAGUAGUUUGGUAGGGGCGGGACCUCAGAAGUGCCUGGUACAGGCUUAGGCUGCCCCUUCCCUCCUCUAAACCAUGUUCCCCACCACUGAUUCUCAGGUUCCAAGAAGCUGGGGUGUUGCCUCCAUGCAGGCCUGAAUGCCCUUUCCUUGUCACCACUCCUCCAGAGCUGGCCAUAAACCUGGUGGGAGUGGGUGUGUCAUGUCCAUUUAGGCCAGACAGGCUCCCAGAGCCAGAACAUCCUCCAGCCCAUUUGACAGAUAAAGAAACUGAGGCCAGAUGGGCCCUACCUGCUGCCCUAGCUGAUGAGAGGCCUCAGCAGGCCUGGAGGGUGCCUGGCCCCCACUUCUGUUGGGCUCCUUCCCUUUAUGUCUGGAGGCUUGGUGGCAAGAUGGUCUGAGGCCGCUGUCUCCCUUCAGUCCUCUGCAGAGGCUGGGCUCAAGGGCAAAAUGGCCGCCAAGCAGCCCCCACCCCUCAUGAAGAAGCACAGCCAGACGGACCUUGUGAGCCGCCUAAAGACCCGGAAGAUUCUCGGCGUGGGCGGGGAGGACGACGACGGGGAGGUGCACCGCUCCAAGAUCAGCCAGGUCUUGGGCAAUGAGACCAAGUUUACUGUUCGGGAGCCUUUGGGGCUCAGGGUUUGGCAGUUUGUUUCUGCUGUGCUCUUCUCCGGCAUUGCUGUCAUGGCCCUUGCCUUCCCCGACCAGCUCUAUGAUGUGGUCUUCGAUGGAGCCGAGGUGACCAGCAAGACCCCCAUCCGCCUGUAUGGUGGUGCCCUCCUCAGCAUCUCCCUGAUCAUGUGGAACGCACUCUACACAGCUGAGAAGGUCAUCAUUCGGUGGACGCUGCUUACAGAAGCCUGCUACUUUGGGGUCCAGUUCUUGGUGGUCACUGCCACACUCGCUGAGACGGGCUUUAUGUCUCUGGGGAUCCUGCUGCUCCUGGCCAGCCGCCUCCUUUUUGUUGUUAUCAGCAUUUACUACUAUUACCAGGUCGGCCGAAGACCCAAGAAAGUCUAGCCGCCCCUGGGUCAGGGGACCCUGCCCAUACCUGGAGCAGGGUGGCUCUUGGGGGGCCUCUUUCCUUUGGGAAGGAAAAGGGACCCCUGCCCUGGUCCAGAGGAGAGGUGGUGGCCUUCGUUUCCUCCUGGGCACUCACUGGAUGCUGUGUUCUUCUGGGCUUCCAGGUUUGAGAUCCUGGUUUGGGGAGAAAUGGGGGCCUCUGCACCUCCAUUCUUUACUCCCCACAGUGGCACCUCCUUUCAUUGGGUGUUUUGGCCUCCAAAUCCUCUCGACAGACAGACUGAAGUCACGUUCCAGUCAUAGGGGUAAUGGGCUAAGUUGAGGGUCUAGCCUCUUCCAGGAAGUUCUUGCUUGAAAGAGGCUAUGGAUCACCCCCUCUCCUUCUCCCUAUACCCCCAGGCAACCUAGUGCCCAAGCAGCUGAACUGGGCUUCCCUCUGUGCCUGGAAAACCUGAGAACUUGGACCUGUGCCCCUACUUCUCAAUCUGUGUGCCCCACCCCGGCACACACACACACACACACACACACACAGAUACACGCAUGCGUGCACUCACGCGUCUCCCUUCUCGCAGCCCAGCAGACAGAGGGAAGGCAGGGGUGUGCUGUCUCUGAGUUGGCACUGCCUUUGCCCCUUUUCUACAUAGCCACGAGCCCUGUCCCCACCCCAGGCCCAGCCUCCAUGAGCUCUCUUGGGCCUUGCUCUGGGGUGCUCUUCCCCAACCAGUUCAGAUGCUGCCAGUGGCCACACCCACAGGCCCCCACAGACAGGUGGGCACAGACACAGGCCCCGUGGAGCCACUGUAAGUGAUGGCGUUUGGAGGUGGGGGAGGCAAAGAAAGCCGUGGCCUGCUGUCCACCUGGCCCAGCCCCUUUCCUAGGGAGCUGCCCUCCAGCUCCCCAGCCUAGAUUGCCGUCAAGGCCUGGCUGAGUAGGCCUCAGACUCAACCAAGGAAUAAGCAGGAACAUUUCAGUAGGCCCCUUCUCUCAGCUCCCCUCCCCACCCAGUGUCCCAGAGACACCUGCCCCGCCUGUCCCUACAGGCCCCCUCACCUGUUGCAAGUACCCCCAUAAGUCCUUCCCCCGAGUGCUCUCCUUCCUGUCAGUGGGCACGGCAGGACUGUCUAAUCCCGGGGGCUGAGUGAGAGAGGGGAAGCCACGGGCUCAGACUCCUCGCCUUUCCUGGGACAGAGUCGGGCAGCUGUGGAAUGCUGCUGCCUGGUGGGCUGGGCCAAGUUGUCCUGCAGCUACUUGCCCAGUGAUGUGGCCCAUGCCCAGCAGAGAGGUGGUACAACUAUCGUCACAGCUGAGGAGAGUGGCCAAGUGUAAUGGCAGGCCAGACUCUGGGGAAGGGUCCCUCUGUCCAACAUCUGAGUCUUUGCCUCUUUAGGGGGCUGUGCCCCUGCUGCUGUGCUGCCAGCAGCCGGGAGCCCACUGCCAAAGCCUCAGUCUCCCAUCUGAGCUAGGCCUGGUAAAGCCCCGCUGAUCCUCCAGCGGGUGACGGGGGUUUAUCCCCCAUUAACUGCUGGGCGUGACAGGUAGAUCCCACGGUAGGAGGCUGAAAAGGGAAGUGGAAGCUUGAGGUGUCCCCUGCCCGGGCAUCUGCUGGGGCUGCAGUCACCAAACCUUCCUCCCUAAGCUGUGGGAUGGCAGGGGGGCUGGGGGGGUCGCUGCUCCCAGGAGAUGGGGUUGCCCAGAGCUCAAUACCCUGUGGCUUAGUUAGAUUUAAUUGUAGUGAAUCCUGGAGGUGGGGGUGGGGGCCCCCCCCUGAGGUCAGGUAAGGUCUGCAGGACAGAUGUGGCCUGGGGGUGGGGGUGGUGGGAAACAUUAAGUCAAGUAAGUGUUAUGGUUGGGAAGGAGGCAGUGCCGGGUGGGGGUGUGGGGGAAGGACCCUCAGCGGGUGUGGACCACACCCCCGGGUACCAGGUCUCUGCUCCACUUGGGAUGACCUGGAAUGCCUCUUUCCCAGUCCCCCCUGCAGCUGGAACCUGGUACCCUCCGAACCUUCUGCCUCAGCCUCAGGCUACCCCAUGCCCCCCAAUCAAGACCACCUUUCUUCACGGUCACUAUUUAUUCUUCGUUCCUUUUUCUUUUUGUAAGAAACAGUCACAAAAACCAGUGCAAAACCAUCAGUGUGGGUGUCCUGUUUUAUAUUACAAAAACUCUCAAUAUAUAAUAUAAAAAGGGGGGACUCACAGGAGAUAAACAUGAUAAAUUAGCUCUGCUAUCUACCGCAAGGAACAUGUACAAUUUUCAAAAUAGACUUUCAACAUAGGACCUGUUGGGGAAGGAAAGAGGGGGCUCUGGGGGUACCAAGGCCCCGGCUGGUUUGGGGAGUCCUAUCUGGGCCCCAUGGGCAUGGAUAGCGAGGGGACAGGGAAAACCCAAAGCAACAAGACUGGAUACCAGCAGGGAUCCUGGAGAGGGGCCAGGCCCCUCACUCCCAGACAGUAAGAUAGGUGCCCUUUCUCCAAGACAACAGUAACUUCAGGAAAGUGGCUUUCAGUACAGGGCAGGGUGUGUGAUCAACAACAGUGUAUUCUUCCUUGUUCCUUUGCCUGUAGUGGGGUCAGAGGAGGUCUCAGUUGUGGGCUGUAGUAUCUUGGGAUGAGAAAAAGAGGCAUCCUUCUCCCACAGAGGUGCCACCUCCAGAACCUACUGUGGGCAUAGCUGGACAAGCCAGCUGAAUCCUGCAGAUCUUGCACCCUUGAAGGAAGCUGCCUUGAUAUGGGCUGGGCUUUCUUUUCCUUGGCACCUAGGGACUGGCCUCAGGCAGCCUUGCAAAUAGCUAUCAGUCUGAGUUCAGGUGGCCUGCUCUCCCUCUCCAGCCUGAGAAGAUGGGAAAGGCUGGGGAGCUGUUGCACCUUUAUGGAGAGCCCUUGGGAAGAGUCUUGGAACCACCCUUGAACCCACCUCAGCCAGAGGUUGCCCUGUGACCAGCCCUUCUAGAUCCUAGUUCUUCUGUGGUCCCUAGAAGCCUGGAAUGCUUCUGAACUAGAGCCAUGGAGCUGUACAAUUUGACCUAGUCUUGCCCAGCCGGGGUUUGGGGGUUUUGUGAAGCCCAGACCAGCCAUUUGCCUCUUUCAGGAAGCUGGAGGCAAUUAUGUAGGUGGGUCCAGAGAGGGUCAGGCCUCAAACCCUUCACAGGCUAGGCUGGGACCCCAGCUGCAGGUCCUUCUGGGUGCUGGGAGCUCAUUCUCUAGGGAGCUCAUGGCUCAUUUAAAAAGUGGCCCAGGCAUGCUGUUACAGGGACAAUUUGGGAAGACCAAAUCAGAAACCUAGGGCAAGGACCAGGACUGGUGGGUUCAGCAGGAGGAGGAUCACACUGAACCUUCACUAUAGGCACAGAGCUGGCUGCAUCUCAGAAGAGGGCAGGUGGCAGGCAGGGAGCUCUGUGUCUGAGCUCUGUGUCUCCCAGGUAACUGGGAAGCAUAAUGAGGCUGGGGGCUGGUACAAGGUGCCAGUAGCUUGUGAAACAGAAUGGGCUCUUCAUAGGAUCUGAAGAGGGACAGUGGGGAGAGAGCAGAGACCAGGCAUCAUGCUGCUCUUUCCAUCCCUGUGCCUAUGGCAGAUAUCACUAAUGAAAUUCUGGCAGACAAUCUGACAGACAUGAGUUAGGAUUGAGCUGCCCUCUCCCACUGACCCCAGGCCAAACCCUGGAUCCUCAGUAUAGCCUCCAGCAGCCACUCCUCCUGGAUCAGCGUCAGGGUGUCUUGUAAUUCAAUUGCCAACAUUGGCCUAGACUUUGAGGCGGGUAUGAGUGUUUGGGUGUGAAUCUGUGAGUGUCCCUGCCCAAGCCUAGAGGGAAUACUCAGAACUGAAUGGACAGUGGGAAGGGACAGAAGACCUUAUCAUAGCAGAAGUGGCUACAAUGCCUUGGGAAUAAUAGCCUGGAGAGAAGAGGGCUCAGGGGACAUGUAACUCUAAUGCUGGGAAGGACGGAACAAGUGGGAUGCCACGGACAGAACCACAGAAAAACAGAAAUCUCUUCUGUAUGUCAAGGCCAUACUAAAAUCAGAGCAGUCCAAAGACAGAAGGCUGCCUUGGGAGGUGGUAAGCUCUCUCUGUCCCUGGAGAUAUGCAAGGAGAAAGUGGAAAUGUUUUGGCAAGGGUCUGCAGAAGACAACCAAGCCUGGGUGGGGAGAAGGAGACCCAGAUGAUCUUGGGGGUUUCUUCCACUCUGGCAGUUGGGGAAGGACAUGGAAGGGGUGGCUUGUGGGGAGAGGUGAGCAGUGUGGACAAGGGAAUGUGAUGUGCACACAUGUGUUGGGUGGUGGUGGUGGGGGGGGUGCGGAGAGGACCCAUGGUACAAAGUCUUAGCUAUAGCACUGAGAGGAGGCAGCUCCUGGCCAGUGUGCCGUCUCUCUCCUGUGGGAACCAGGAUGCCCAGGCCAGGGGUGGGGAGAGUGUGUGAGCAGCAGAUGUGACAGAGCCCUGGAUGGAGCACCAGCAGCCUAGAGAUGACUCACGUUCUUGUUCAGAACUGUCACACGUGCUCUGCUACUGGACAGGUUGCUGCCCUGCUCUGGGCCUUCGAGAAUAUUUGGUCCAACAGAUAGGAAAGCAAGGACCCGGUAGCUGGGCUGUUCUUGCAUCCAGUGUCUGCAGCCCGCACUUGACCCUGGCCCGAGGUUGGGACAACUGCCCGCUCUGGUGGGCCAGGAAUUGCACUGUAAGUUCUGAGUCUUUAAGAACACGGCAGCUGAGUCUCCUUGGGCCUUGCCUUGGGCUUGGAUGACUUCUCUGAGGUUUUGCCUUUGCCUCCUUGUUGCCUAAAUCCUCACUUCCCUGGCACCAGGUCCUGAAGCUGUGAGGGGAGAGGGCCCAGGCCUAGGGAUACCAGAGUCUGGCUGAGCCAAAGAGGGGACCUGGGAUUGAUGUUCCUUUGGUCUCUAGAGCAGACAGUGUCCUGGGCCAGGUGCUGGGGUCCCUGUGGAAAGCUCAUGGCACCUGCUCUGGAGUCCAGGCGAGGGUAUGUCAGUUCUUACUUUUGUCUUCAUUUCUUGUCUUGUUAAAAAAAUAGCUCUAUUCCCUUGACCCUUCUCCUGGCCAUCCAUGAUGGCCUUAUCGCCUCCCCUGGGGCCAAGAGGACAGCGGAAGGGGCAGGGGAGUGCACUGGGUGCUGGGCAGUGGUGGGCAGGGCAAGGCAUCAGGCCACACCAUUUACUGGAUGCCCCGAAAGAGGCACAUGGCGAAGAUCAUGGCGAAAAGCUGCAAAGCAAGCAGGAGUCAGCUCAUCAGGUUGGUUCCACAGCCCCCUGGGACUGCCCAGCUCACUCCGAAGGGAAGAGGCCAUCUGCCUCUGGGCAGGACGGGGCGAGGAGCAGCACCUACCUCCUGGGGGGAUUCCUGACAUGCCCCUGCGACCAAGCCCCUCUCACCAGCCCCCGGCCCCUUUUACGCAGCAUCAUGGGGAGAAGGGGGAUUUUGGAAACUGAGUCACAGGUCCAAAUCCAGCUCCCUGAUUUGUCAGCACUGACCUUGAGCAAAGCACUUCGCUUCUCUGGGCCUGAGUAUGUAUCCAGAGCUUCCCGAGUGCCAGGCAGAGUUCUAACAUGCUUUCUCAGAAACCUUUCCAUGGACCAGGAAGCAAGGCACAGAGAGGUCACAUAAGCUGCCUAAAGUCACACAGCUACCAGUGGGGAGCCAAGGUUUGAGGCCAGGCAGUCUGACUCCAUGGUCACAACCCUGCACUUUCCCUGCCAGCUCAUAGGACGGUGGUGAGAUUUAAACUGAGGCAGUUAUCUAAGGACAGAACCUGCUUGUCAGCUAGCAGAUGCAGGACUAUUGUGAAUAUCAACCCUCCCAGAGUUAUGCAGUUAAUCCCCGGAUGCUCGUCUGGGGGGCUCUGGGGAGGUGAAGUAGGCAGAGACCCUGCCUUAGGGUCUCCCCUUUGACCAGAUUAGCGAGGUCACCACGGCCAGAGUUCUUCUUGCAAGUAACCAAGGAAUAGUCCCAAAAACACAGCUCACAGCUGAGUCUCCAGGAGGCUCAGUGGGCAGGGGAGGCUGGGCCAAGCUGGCACAGUUGAGGGUCCUCCUCAAAUAACAGUCUGCCUCCUGUAGGGUCAGCCCAGGCUUAUGGCUGGGCAGGGUGUGAGGCAGAGGAUCAAGUACAGAGACACUGCUUACUGCCCACCAGGCACAUUGUCCCCAUCCUCUGCAAUCUCACAGGCCCUAGGAGCAGGGUAAUUUGCACCGUUUUGCAGAUGAGGAAACUGGCUCAGAUGUCCUGCAUCUGUGGAGAGGCGGGGCUGGAACUCUUGCUCUCCCUGCCUGGGACACAUUCCUGAGACUUCCCCAGUUCUUGUUCAUCGUUGCCUCCUAUGAGAGGACUUGUUCACCUACAACAGUGCUAGCACUUGGCAGGGGCUCAGUGUCUGCUUGUUGAAUAAAUGAAUGAAUAAAGUGACUUCUCUCUGUCCCCAUUCCUGAUGGCCUCCACAGAACCACUCCCAGUGGGGCUGCUAGGCACGAUAGGAAACUAAGGAUCAGGCUAUCUGAUUUCCUUUCCCUGUAGGCCGUAGGCCAGAGGCCAAGGGCUGGAUGAGUCUCCAGAGUGUCUGGUGAGGGGUGGGCGAUGGUACCCAUCCAGCCCCCAGCAGGUGGGUUUGAUAUCCUAGGGAGGACUGCUGGAGAGGGCAGCAGCUCCUCCCUUUGGCUGGAGCACCACCUAGUGGUGGCUGCAAACAGUCUGCAGGGCUUACCUUUCUGGGGAGAACUAUGAUCACCACUGGCAGAUUAACUAGGCCCUGUAGGCCCUGAACACUCCAAAGAGAAUAGGCCUGAUCUAGAACCACAGGCUGCUUCCCACCCCUCAAGUCAAGAGUGCACCCUGGACCUCGGAGCUAGGGUGGAGGUGGGGGCAGGGAUGGGGAGUGGGAAGGCAGCGUUGAGGGGUAUCUUUUAGGGCCUGCCCACCCGACUGCUGGGAGAUGGCUCUAGGCAUCCUCUCCAGAGUCUAAGGAUGUUGCUCAGGUGGCAAAUAGACAAAUGGGCUUGUACCCUCCAGUGUUCGUAGCAGGUACCCAGUUGGUCCUGGGUAAGGAAAUGGGGCAGGCUGCCCUCUGCAGAGCGGAGGAGUGGGACCC